AUGCAUCUACAUAAAUUAUAUCAUCGAUUAGAAACAAAUACCAAUGUUUAUCCAGAAAUAGAAAAAGUUUGUAAAUUUACUACUGGAUUAAGAACAGAAUUACAAAUAGCAGUACGUUCAUUUGGUGAAAAUACUUGGGAUAGAGUAGUUAACAGAGCAAAAACUUGUGAACUUACUCAUUAUGGUGCUGCAAUGUAUAUUACUUCUAAUCUUAACAAUAAUAUUGUUACUCCAACUCCUACAUCUUCUAAUUCUGUUGAAAUUAUAAUGGAAGCUCUCAAUAAAUCGUCAGUAAAUACAGAAGGUCCUGAUGCUUCUCAAGACAAUACAAACCCUUCUAUGAUAUAUUUAAAAGAAGAAGAUAAAAAUAAUAUUAAUGAAGCCUAUGUAGAAAAAAGAAGAAAAGUAGUAGAAGAAAAUGAAACUCCUGAAGUUCAAAAUAUUGUAGUAAAUAACCCUCAAGCAGAAAAUUCUAAAACUCCUAAAGCUAAAAAAAAAAGAAAUCCUCUACAAGGUCCAAGAUUUUAUAAACCAACGAUUGGUAAAGAUGUAUCAAAAUACUCAAUUGUUGAAAACUUACAACAAAUCAAAGCAAAUAUCUCUAUUGCUCAACUUGCUGCUGAAAAUCCCAAAUACUUAAGAGAAUUAAUUACUACCAAUAUUAUUCUUGAUAGUAGUUCUGCUGUAAAUAUUAUCUCUAAUCAUUUUCUCAAACGUAUUGGCUUAAAAAUUACAAAACCAUUAACAACUUUAAUGUUAAUUGUAAAUGGAGAAAAGAGAAGACCUCUUGGAGAAGUAGAAAAUCUACCUAUUAAAAUUGUUUCUAUUGAAUUUAGACAUAUUACUGGAAUCCCAAGAGUUGAAGCUAUAUCUAAAGGAAAAAUAAAAGAAGAAUGCUCUGAUGAAAGUGAAAGUGAAUAUGAAUCCUCAAGUAAAUCUGAUGAAUCCACUGAAUAUAAAGAUGAACAACUUGAAGAAAGAAUCUAUACUCUUAAUCUUUGGCAAGAAAUUGAAAAAGAAAACUUAAAGCAAAUGUGCCUAUACUGUCAUACAAAAACUAAUGAAGAAUGGAAUGAAAUCCAAGAAAUCUUACCAACAUUCUAUGAAUAUAAAAUAGAAGAUUCUUUUGACCCUUCUACUAAACUUAAUGUUGGUGAAUUGGAUGAAAAACAACAAGAAGAAUUUUAUGAUCUUGUUAAUGAAUAUAUUGAUAUCUUUGCUCAAAAUGAUUCUGAUCUAGGAAAAACUAACGAAAUCCAACAUGAAAUUGAA